AUGUUGUCGGAGCUUAAGGCCGAGCUGGAGUUCCUGGCGUCUAUCUUCACCAAGGACCACCAGCAGCUGCGCAUAGUGAGCUGGCAGCUGGAUGAGCUGAAAUGCCAGUUCCUGGUGCCGCGGGCGGCGUCUGCCGGCAGCCUGCCCUCGCCGCUCACCCUGCACUGCACCAUCACUGAGUCCUACCCGUCUUCUCCUCCGAUGUGGUUCGUGGACUCUGACGAUCCAGAUCUCACAUCGAUCCUGGAACGUCUGGAAGAGUCGAAGCCCAACAGUUCGCUUUGUCGGCAGCUCAAGUGGCUGAUCUGUGAACUCUGCAGCUUAUAUCACCUGCCUGAACACCUGGAUGUGAAGUUGCUGGACCAGCCGGUCCCCAUGGCUCAGAAGGUGGCCAUCGAAGAGAUACUUUCAGAUGAUGAAGAGGAAGAUGCAGCUGAAGGGCUGGAAGACUUGGGUCAUUAUGAGCUGCAAGAAGAAGACGAAGGGCUGGACAAAGAGCACUUGGCAGUACUCGAGAAUAUUAGGAGGCGUCAGAGGCAAGAGCAUUUAAGAGGUACUGUGUCUGGGUCUGUGCAGACUUCAAAUAGACUUAUGAAAGAACUGAGGGAGAUAUACAGAUCACAGAGUUACAUAUCAGGGACUUAUUCCGUGGAACUGAUAAACAAUAAUUUAUAUAACUGGCACGUUAAACUGAAGAAGGUUGACCCCGAUAGUCCCUUGUACAGUGACCUUCAGUUCUUGAAAGAAAAAGAAGGCAUAGACUAUAUUUUGCUUAACUUCUCUUUUAGGGAUAACUUUCCAUUUGAUCCUCCAUUUGUUCGCGUCGAGUCACCUAGUCUACAUGGAGGGCAUGUCUUGAAUGGAGGGUCAUUGUGUAUGGAGCUGCUCACAAAACAGGGCUGGAGCAGCGCCUGCUCCAUAGAAUCAGUCAUUAUCCAUAUCAGUGCCACCUUAGCCAAAGGCAGGGCCAGGGCGCUCUUCAGAGCACAUAAGGACCAAUAUAAUCAAGAAACAGCCGAAAAGUCCUUUAAAGCUGCUGUGCACAUGCAUGAGAAAGCCGGCUGGUUCACUGCUCCAAAGCAAGAUGGGUAAAUAGUUCACUGACCUGUGUUUGGAACACUUAGCUUUAAAGACACAAAGUUUUGUGUAUCUUUGUAACAGUAGUACAGAAGAUAAUUGGUGGUUUAGUGAAUAAUCAGUCAACUAAUGGGUGUUUUAGUGAAUAAUUGGUCAACUGACUUCCAGUAGAAGUUCCAACCUUUUCAUUUUGCUUACUGUGGGGGUCUUGGGCUGAACUGUGAACCCCUUUACUGUGGUUUUCCCUGAUAAGUAAUCAUAGUGUCCAUUCUUUGUCAUCUGUUUUUCUUGAUUAAGUGAAAUAUGAUAAGUA